AUGACUAUGCCGAGCUUUCCUGUGCCGACGUCAUUUCCAGUGUCCAACAGUGAUAGCCAAGAGGGAGAGAAGAAAGCAAGUUACGUCAACUACGAAGUAGGGCCUGGCUUCACCAUUCAUCUGUGUCCGAAUUUUGACCCUGCCAUGGACCCUAAGAAGCUCAAACGCAUAGUUUCAAACCGUGUUGCGGGUCAGCAGUCAAGGUGGAAGAAACUUCAGUAUGUUAAUGAUCUAGAGAAACGAGUGAGAGAACUCCAUGUGAGUAUUUUGCGUGCCCGAAAAAUGAUAUUGAUUGAGCAGAACCGACGUGCAGAGAGGAUGAACAUGAAGCUUAAGGAGCGUUUGUUUGCUGAAGUUCAACACUCAAUCUUCCUAAAAGGUCUGGUUGAGGCGCUUAGAGCACAGGCUGAGAGUUUGAAGAAGUAA